AUGACUGUAUCUGCAUUCCCUUCCGAGGGAUCCCCCGACCUCGCUCUCCUCAAUGUCGCCCGCCUGUUCACCCGACUCGAACACAACCUGCUCUCUCCGGGGACAGACCGGCGCUUACUUCAACAAUCCGCAUACCAGCGCAUGCGCGUGAACAAGAAUGUGGAAUACGCCCGCUCCCUACUCACCCAACUCGAGCGUUCCCUCCCCCAACUGAAACCGCUUGACCGCAAGCACGAAGCGCAAGCUGAGAUCGCACGCGACAGACAACUCCUGAAGCGGAUACAAACCAUCCUUGACGAAGAGGAAGCCAAAGUGGAGGUGGAGCAGGACGACGACGACGACGACAACGACGAGGAUUGCGGCGAUGACGAGUGGAAGGAGCUGUUCUCCAAGCCUCUUUCCCAGGAAAAGGUCGUCUCGCCAGCAUCUCAGCCUAAAAACCAACAGACAACGACGCAGGUGCCCGAAUCAUCACGAGGAGUGGAAGAGAACAAUGCGCAGCCCGCUACAAAUACGGCUCCAUAUGCAUCCACAACCACGCACCUUGUGCCAACACCCAGCCCACCAACAAGCACACCAGCACCCCCGACCCUCCGCAAUCGCCAUACUGCAAACCCUACAACCUCCACGGAUAAAGCAACCGCAACAGGAAGCAAUGCCAAACUCCACAACACAGAAAACGAACUGAGUACCCACAGAAUGGAGCAGGAAGACCUGACCAGCUCACUCCUAACGCUUGCCGCGCAAUUGAAGGCAUCUUCGCAGUCCUUCCAGUCCACGUUAGAAGGGGAGAAGUCCGCCUUGGACCGCGCAGUGUCCGGUAUUGACCGCACGAGUACCACUAUGGAAGCUGCGGGGAAGAGGAUGGGGAUGUUACGAAAGAUGACGGAGGGGAAGGGGCUGUGGGGUAGGAUGAUGCUAUAUGCAUGGAUUUUUGGCCUGUGGGUUAUUGCGAUUUUGAUUGUCUAUGUUGGGCCGAAGUUGAGGUUCUAG